CACUUCCGUAAAGAUGGCGGCGGCUGCAGGCGCUACCGCCCGGCUGGCGGUGUGGGGCGGAAGACUGCGGCGCGGGCUUGCUGUCAGCCGACGGGCCGUGUCGAGCCCGGGUCCUACGGCGGCGGCACUGGCCGGCGUGGCCCUGGCAGGGGCAGGAGCGGCCUGGCAUCACGGCCGCAUGAAUGUCACGGCGCGCGAACGCAGCCUCCCUUCCUCCGCACAGAAAAAUGUUGACGAUGGAGCAGUAGAGAAACUCUCCCUUCGUAAGCAGCGGUUCAUGCAAUUUUCUUCACUGGAACAUGAAGGGGAAUAUUAUAUGACACCACGAGACUUCCUUUUUUCAGUAAUGUUUGAGCAAAUGGAACGUAAAACUUCAGUAAAGAAGCUGGCAAAAAAGGAUAUCGAGGAUGUCCUGGCAGGAAUCCAAAAGGCUGGUUGUGGAUCAACCUUUUUUAGAGACCUUGGCGAUAGAGGGCUGAUUUCAUAUACUGAGUAUCUUUUCUUGCUUACAAUCCUCACUAAACCCCAUACUGGGUUUCAUGUGGCUUUUAAAAUGCUAGAUACAGAUGGCAAUGAGAUGAUUGAGAAAAAGGAGUUUUUUAAGUUGCAGAAGAUCACAAGUAAACAAGAUGACUUCAAGAUAAUGAAAACUAAUGAAACAGAAUGUCAGGAUCAAACAAUGAAAGAAUCUGAAAUUAGCACAACCCUUCAGAUGCAUUUCUUUGGGAAAAGAGGAGAAAGGAAACUUCAUUAUAAAGAAUUUCGAAGAUUUAUGGAAAAUUUACAAACAGAAGUUCAAGAAAUGGAAUUCAUUCAGUUUUCCAAAGGUUUGAAUUUCAUGAGAAAAGAAGACUUUGCAGAGUGGCUACUUUUUUUCACUAACACUGAAAAUAAAGACAUUUAUUGGAAAAAUGUGAGAGAGAAGUUGUCAGCAGGAGAGAGCAUUAGUUUGGAUGAGUUCAAAUCAUUUUGCCAUUUUACGACCCACUUGGAAGACUUUGCUAUUGCCAUGCAAAUGUUUAGCUUAGCUCAUCGACCUGUCAGACUAGCAGAGUUUAAGAGAGCAGUGAAGGUAGCCACAGGACAAGAGCUUUCAAACAAUAUUUUGGACACCGUCUUCAAGAUCUUUGAUUUGGAUGGUGAUGAAUGCCUUAGCCAUGAAGAGUUUCUUGGGGUGUUAAAAAACAGGAUGCAUCGAGGUUUAUGGGUACCACAACAACAGAGUAUACAAGAAUACUGGAAAUGUGUGAAAAAAGAAAGCAUUAAAGGAGUAAAAGAAGUCUGGAAAAAAGCUGGGAAAGGCCUUUUUUAGAAAGAGAUAACAUGGCAGUUAUGUUGUUCCAAAUGUCAGGAUCUGAGAGGUUUUUUCUAUAGCUUCCAUUAACUACUUUUCUGAAGUCCUCAUUGAUUUCCUUUGUAAUAUAAAAAUGCUAUGUACCUGCUUUCUGAUUCAAUGAUUUCGUGAUACGUUUUCAUUAAAAAAUUUAGUGGAAAGAAAAGGAACUACUGGGCCGGGGAUUUAGCUCAGUGGUUCCAC